AUGCCGAAACCACCGUCGAAAUUCGACGAAUCUAUCAUCCGUCAUUUUGAUCGGGCAUUUCAUAGGAUCAUCACAAAGCAUCUGGUUGAGCUCCGUCAUGUGUUAUCACCAUAUUUGCAUAACAUGCUAUUUCAUCAUGCAAAGCUUCAUGAAAUUGACUUCGUUGGUUAUGCGUAUGAAUUAAUUGGCAUCAUGUCAUAUUAUUUGAAAUCAUCUUUUAUCUAUCGUUUUAAAUCUUCUGACAACCCAUCACCAACACAUUUUUAUCAAUUGUUAAUUGCAUUAUCAGCAUUUGGUAAAUCAACAUUACAUACAUUAAUUAAAUCUUCAGUAAUGAAUGAACAUAGCGUUCGAACAACUGGCGAACUAUACGAUCAUCGAAAGCCUGGUGUGCUGGAAGGUUUUGACGUGUUUGUUGACGAAACAAGUGCUGCUGGACUUCAAGCAGGACUUGUCAAUGGAGAUAAAAUCAUUUUUAGUGACGAAGGAGAAAAUAUUUUGAAAAAUAAUGGUUUGUUGGUCGAAGAAAAUGCAUCGGUAUCAUCCACGUAUGAUCUACGUACUUUCAUCUUAUCAUAUUAUGGGUCAUUGCGAACGUUCAACAAAGAGUUAAAAUCAGGUUCAUUAGCUGCAAAUAUUGGUCGUUUAACCAUCAGUUGCCUCAGUACAAGUGAACCAAUUGUCAGAAUGUUAGCUCGUCGAUUUAGUGGUGGGCAAGUAUGUCCAAUGCUUGAACGUUUUGCAAUAUUAUAUGCCGAAACUAAACCAAGAUAUUCUUUUCAACGUCCAAAAGCGGUUAAAUACAAAAUGGCAUCAUUGUCUCAGUAUAUUAUGGUACUGGGACGAAUUGAAAACAUCGAAUUUUUUUUCGACGAAGAAGCUGAGAAUCUCUAUGCUUCAUACGGUGAUGCUUUGACAUAUACCAUGAAACAAAAUGAGCGGCACGCUCCAUGGUUGAGCACUCGAUUUGGCAAAAGUCGAGAUCAAUCACUUCGACUUUGUGCAUUAUUGCAAGGAUUGGAAAUGGCUGCUGUUGUUUGCCAUGACCUUUUUCUUGAAGAUUCGAGCUUCACGAAUGGAAUUGCAGAUAAACGAUUUUUCGAGGCAGCUGUGAAAAAAACCCAGCAACUUUUCUUUCCAUCAUCAAUGAAUCAAAGACAACUGUCUAUUGGCAUUGAAAUUGUACAAGGUGCUAUUUAUUUAACUAACAAAUUUAUUGAUCAAUAUCGAGAAAUGUUCGAGCCAGACAAACGUGAAUUAAAGCGAGUGACAUUUUAA